AUGGCUUCAGGCCGACGACUACGCACCCGCACUAGUAGCGGAGUACCAACAUCACAGCAACAACAACUUUCAGAUUGCGGCCACGACCGGUCUCAGCUCGACCUCAGCGGUGAUCGCGAUCUUCCCUGCAAGGUCUGCUGGUCCAACCGCGAGAUUCUCAUUCAGCGGCUCAUCGAGCCCUUUGAGAACGCGCUGGAAACUCUUCAAGACGAGGGAGCCAGCGGCUCGGCAAACAGCACCCCUGAACGUGGGGUGGUGGUAUCAUCGGGAGAUGCUCCUGUUGGUGGCAGGUCCCGAAGUUUGAGGCGGAGAGCGGGGAAAAAAAGGACAAGAAGUGCUUCCCCGACGGCGGCGACAACACCGAUGGGAAUUGAUGGGGAGGAUUUGAAUUUGUUGGGUUCCGGGGGUCCGGGUGCUGUUAGGCCGGAUGAGGAAGAUUGCAUUCACGUGCAGGAUAUCAGCGUCGUAACGGUGCAGAGGCCCCAAAAGAAACGGAGUAAAUCUCCUCCCGAUGAAAAUAAGAGUGUGAAGAUCGCAGCUUUGGAGCCACAGAAAGCGAGCACAAACAUCAUCCCGCCAACAAAGGGGAGAAAUAUGACAGUAACAACCGAAAAAAUGCAAGAAAACCCUUCACCACCUGUAGAUUAUGCAGCAACAACGAAAUUGCCGAAAGUGACAGAGAAAGCACCACCCACACCCCCAACACUGCCCGCAAAACUACCGAAACAGAAACAACAGAGAACUUCACAGGUGCAGCCGCCGAAAAAGGGCCAGCAAACCCUGUUUUCGUUUUUCUCCAAAUCUGCCGAAGGCGCAACGGUAAAAACCGAAGAGACAAAUGCGAAGCCAGUGACUAUUUUUAGCGCAGGAGGGAAUAGCAGCGGGCCGAGAAAGAGGGACGUGGGAACUCCAAAGGCGAAUGAAGAAAUCGUUGUCCGGACAUGCACAAAGGUAGCAUCACCACCGCCCCCACCAGCACCACCGGCAAGAGCAGGGACUAGGAAGAGCGCCCGAGAUGUAACAGUAAAAUCUCGAGAGACCAUCAACUACAGGGAGGAUUCAGAUUCAGAUAUCGAUCUCGAUUAA